AUGAAAGCAAUGAUUGAUACAGGUGCCAACCGAACUGUUAUUUCAUUACAAGCCUUACCUACUUCACAUAAUCGACAAUUCAUUAAUAAAAAACAAAAAAGUGCUUUCUUAGCUGAUGGACAUACAUCCAUUUCUAUUUUAGGCACUUUAGAUUUACAUAUUAUUAUAGGUGAUAUGUCAACUACGAUUAAAGCACAUGUGGUGAAAGAUUUAUGUGCUGAAUGUAUAUUAGGAAUGGAUUUUAUUAGUAAAUAUAAAGUUAUAAUUAAUGCCGAUGCACGUGUGGUAUCAAUAUGUGAUGAUGAAAAACGUAUAACAUUAGAAUUUGAUGUUAACCAGGAAGAAAUUCGUUAUCCAGCACGAACAAUUCGUUACACUUAUAUUCCACCGAAAAGAACAGUUUCAAUUCCAGUUAACGUGGGAAUAUCAUCAGCUAAAGUUUUAUUUCGUCCAUCUUAUCAAUUAGCACGACGAUCACCGAUGAUUUUGUUAAACAAUAUAGCAAAUGUUAAUCAACAGAAAUCACAUAUUUCAAUUUACAAUCCAACACCAUAUUAUUAUACAGUACCUAAAGGCCUCAUAAUAGGUACAACAACUGUUCCUACAUUAUCUUUUAGUAAAUGUACAUCUAUUGAUCAUCAAUUAGUUAAUGAUAACAUCAAUAAAUUAACUCGACAUAUUACAGAUUCAACACAAAGAGAAGAAAUUGAGACAAUCCUUCAUCAACAUGAAAAACUCUUCGAUACAAGUAAACCUGCAAUAGCUAUUAAUGUGAAACCGCAUGAAAUUAAAACACUUGAUCAUCCUCCACCAUCAUCUAGACCAUACUAUUCAACGCCUCACAAAGAAGAAGAGAUGUACAAGAUCGUUCAAGAAUUAUUAUAUUAUGGUUUAAUUCGUAAAUCUUAUUCUCCAUUCGCAGCACCAGCAUUAUUAGUGGCUAAACAUGAUGGAUCAUGGCGAAUGGUAGUCGAUUACAAAAAAUUAAAUAAUAUGACAAUUAAAGAUAAUCAUCCAUUACCUAAUAUGGAACAAACAAUACGAUGA